AUGAGUGUGAUUGGGUUUGAUAUCGGGAAUGAGAACUGUGCUAUAGCAGUUGCAAAGAGUGGUGCGAUUGAGGUGUUGUUGAAUAACGAAUCGAAUCGUGAGACGCCAGCUGUGGUCUCGUUUGGUGAGAAGCAAAGGUUCUUGGGUUCUUCAGGGGCUGCGUUUGCUACUAAGUUUCCAAAAUCAACCAUUUCUCAAAUCAAGAGAUUGAUUGGAAAACUAUAUAACGAACCGAGUGUGCAAGCAGAUCUUAAGUUGCUACCUUUCCAGAUCAGUGAAGGACCUCGUGGUGGUGUUUUGAUCCAUUUAGAGUACAUGAAAAAGACAUGGACUUUUACGCCAGUGGAUAUUUUAGGGAUGUUGUUUGCACAUUUGAAGCAAAUGACAGAGAAGAAUCUCGAGUCUCCUGUUGUCGACUGUGUGAUUGCGAUUCCAUCAUAUUUCACAGACUUGCAAAGGCGUGAGUAUCUUCAUGCUGCUUCUAUUGCUGGUUUAAGACCCUUGCAGUUGGUCCAUGAUUGUACUGCUGUUGCAUUGGGUUAUGGUAUGUUCAAGACUGAUUUUCUUAAGAAAGGACCAACUAUUGUUCUAUUUUUGGAUAUUGGCCAAUGUGACACUCAAGUCACAGUUGCUGCUUUCGAAAAAGGGAAAAUGGAAAUAUUGGCUCAUUCAUUCGAUCCCAACUUGGGAGGUAGAGAUUUUGAUGAAGUCUUGUUUUCACAUUUUGCGACACAAUUCAAACAGCAAUACGGUAUUGAUGUUUACACCAAUGUUCGUGCUUCUGUAAGGCUUAGGGCUGCAUGUGAGAAGUUAAAGAAAGUUUUGAGUGCCAAUGUAGAAGCUCCACUUAGUAUCGAGUGUUUGGUUGAUGAUAAAGAUUUGGUUGGAUUCAUUACACGGGAAGAGUUUGAGAAAAUGUCAGCCAAAUUGCUAGAAAGAGUUACUGAUGUUUGUCAUAUGGCCAUAAAGGACUAUAAUCUACAUAAGAUACAUACAGUUGAGCUUGUUGGUUCUGGGUCCCGCAUACCUUCUAUCGUGUCAAAGAUAUCUUUUCUUUUUAAAAAAGAACCAAUGAGAACACUAAAUGGCAGCGAAUGUGUUGCUAGAGGAUGUGCUCUUUAUUGUGCAAAGCUUAGCCCGACUAUUAAUGUUCAAGAUUAUGAGAUUAAGGAUAUUUUUCCUUACUCAGUAGGAAUCUCUUUUGUCGAUGGUGAAAACAGAAGAGGCCCAGAACUUAUGCCUUUUCCAAAAGGCAGCUCAUUUCCAAUGAAUACAACAGUUUCAUACGAUGGAAAUGCUACAGUUUGGAGUGAUGUUUUCUACACCAACAAGAUGAAUUCUGCACAACCAAGUAGAGUUGGUCGUUUCAAGAUCAGUAGCGAUCAAAUCUCUGGUGAAAAAAAUGUGAAGGUCACAGUUAAUGUGAAGCUUAAUGUCCAUGGAAUUGUUGAGAUACAAUCUGCAUCGGUAUUAGAAGUUAAUCAAGUUAUACAUCCUCCGAUUGAUAACUCUUUUCAAAGCCGGACGAAACAGCUGUUAAUAAAUAAUUUUGGGUGGAAUAAUGAUGCUGCUUAUAAACCCACUGAUUCCACCCAGCUGGUUAAUCCGCGUCAUGCUGUAGAACCAAGAAGACGAAGCAACAGGGGCAUGGAGCAGAAGCUUUCAGUGUCUGAAAAUCAUCAUGUCCUGACAACAAAAGAAGAGAUAGAAAAAGCUCAACAGAAAGCACAGAUGUUUGCAAAGCAAGACAUAAUGGUGGAGAAAACUAAAGAAAAAAGAAACACCCUGGAGUCUUUUAUCUAUGACACUCGCACCAAGCUUUCGAGUUCCUACCGAAGCAUGGCGACAAAAUCAGAGGUGGAGAUUAUCUCUAACCACCUGCAAGACACCGAAGAUUGGCUUUAUGAAGAAGGUGAUGACGAAUCUGAACAAGUCUAUAUCAAAAAACUUGAAGUUCUCACGAAGUUAUUGGUUCCAAUUGAAGUUAGAUACAAGGACGAAAAUGAUAGACAAGAAGCAGUAACAUCUCUGCAAAUUUGUAUUCGAGAAAAUCUUCAGGCUGCUCCAUCUCAUAAGAAACAAGAGGUUAACAAUGAAUGCAUUAUAGUUCAGGGGUUGGUUAAUCGUCUCUCUCAACCGCAGGAUUCAUUGACCAAAAACGUAUACUACACGAGUAUCAUUAAUGGAAUCACAAAAACUUUAAAGGGGAGGUGUGAAGUCAUAUUGAAUCCUAAACCUUCACUUCUGAAUUAUGAAGAGCCUGUGGACUCAUACCUAAAGCAGAAUCCCAAUUAUCAGAUGCAACUUGAUAAUUGAUCAUCCAGAUCUGUUUAGAUUGGUGGGAUCAAAGUAAUAGAUGGUAUUUGAGUUUCCUUUAUAAUCUUUGGCUUCUGUUUUGAAUAACGUUAUAAUGCGUAUGUUUGCUGUUUACUGUGUGUGAGCACUUUAUAUUUUUUGAGCUAUUUAUGUACUUGACAAGUUGUCAUACUUAUGAAAACGCUGUACAUGCUUUGGAAAUACACUGUAUCUUUUCUUAUCUUUAAUCGACUCAAGCUUUGUUUAUCGUUUUCCUGCUUGUUUAAUUAAGG